GGAGGAGGAGGAGGAGGAGGCGACGGCUGUCAUUUUUUUUUUCAUUUGUACCAACUGGGCACGUUUCUCCGGAGCAAACCGAGGCGAGGUGUAGCUGACUGUCCUCCAGGCUCCAGCACGCGGACGGUCGGUCGGUCGGAGCCGGCUGUGGGUGAACUUCAGCGGCCACAGAGAGAGAGAGAGAAGACGGCUGUUUUGUAGAAGAUUAAUCACGUCUAGGUGUCUUUUUUUGUGUGCAUAUUUAACUUAAAGGUCUCCACUGCAGAUAAUGUAUGAAAAAAGCUGAAUUUAUUGCGUGUUUCUAGCUCGGACAUCGAAGGAGGAGGAGGAAGGAAAAAAAAAAACAUGUCAGUGAGUCAACAGCUGGAGAGGAAAACACACGACGGAUCUUCUCUCUUCAUAGCUGACGUAUGGGCUUUAUUCAGCAGUCCAUUCAGUCAGUAACUCAGCAGGAAACACACAAUAAACCUCAUCUGUUUUUUGCUGUGAGAGAGCUUGUCGAAAGGAGAGGAGGAGGAGGAGGAGGAGGAGAAGGAGGAGGACAUCCUUCAUCCUUCACCGGUCAUCCAGCGGUGAGUGAGCCGCCUCAACGAUGCUGCUUUAGGGGUAUAGAAACACAUUAGAGACCCUCUUUUCCUUUUUGACGGGUUCACAGAAAACAAACUCCCUUUUUUUUGUGUUUUUUUUUAAAGAUGGAGUCCUCCCACCACCACGCAGGCUGUUAAUGGUUAACAGAUUAAUAAUAAGGGAGCAGAAGAAGUUGAGAAGGAAGGAGGAGGAAGAGGAGAGAUAAAAGAAGAAGAAGAAGAAGAAGAGGAGGUGGAUAAGGUGGAAGGAUGGAUAACUCCUCCGCUCUGACUGACUGACUGACUGAGUGAGGCCAGCAGCGUCGGGCAGUCGGGGACAACCGGUGGUCGUUAAAAACCUCCGGUGUGCGCGUGUGUGUGUGUGUAUGUGAGGGUGGUGGUGGUAAAAACCGGUUUUUGAUGCGCGAGAAAGUGACGUGCCGCCCUCCCACCUUCCCGCCCUUUGCCACGAGCCUCUAUGUCAACUCAACAUCUGGACGAGGCGGCCAAGUUCAUUUGUCGCUUAUAAUAAAACAAAAAAAAAUCACCUCCUUUUAUCUUUAUUUUUCAUUUUUUUUAAUUUUUUUUUUUUUGAGAGUGUUGAAUUGAACCCCUCACUCUGACUCUCUCCAAAUCUCGCGGGAUAUAAAAAAAGGAGGAGAGGAGGAGAAGAGAAAAAAAAACAGAGAUUAAGACGAACAAGGAGCCGCCUAUAUGAAGAUGCUGAUGUGUGACCGCGGCGUCCAGAUGCUCGUGACGACGGUGGGCGCGUUCGCCGCCUUCAGCCUCAUGACCAUCGCCGUCGGUACCGACUACUGGCUGUACUCGCGCGGGGUCUGCCGCACGAAGAACAGCGGCGACAACGACACGAGCCGCAAGAACGAGGAGGUGAUGACGCACUCCGGCCUCUGGCGAACCUGCUGUCUGGAAGGAACAUUCAGAGGUGUGUGUAAGAAGAUUGAUCACUUCCCAGAGGACGCCGACUACGAAGCAGACGCUGCUGAAUACCUCCUCCGUGCUGUGCGUGCCUCCAGUAUCUUCCCCAUCAUGAGCGUCGGUCUGCUGUUCCUGGGGGGGCUCUGUGUGGCCGCCAGUGAGUUUUACCGGAGCCGACACAAUGUCAUCCUCAGUGCAGGAAUCUUCUUCGUCUCUGCAGGUCUCAGUAACAUCAUAGGAAUUAUUGUCUAUAUCUCAGCCAACUCGGGCGACCCGGGCCAGAGUGACAGCAAAAAGUCCUACUCCUACGGCUGGUCCUUCUACUUCGGCGCCCUUUCCUUCAUCAUGGCAGAAAUGGUGGGUGUGUUAGCCGUGCACAUGUUCAUCGAGAAGCACCGCAAGCUACGGGCCAAGUCCCGCACCGAGCUCAUCAAAAAGUCCGCCUUCAGCCGCAUCCCCUCCUAUCGCUACCGUUUCCGGCGUCGCUCCAGCGUGCGUUCUUCCGAGGCCCCGAGCCGCGACACAUCACCGCUGGGGAAGGGCGGCUACACGGGGCCCGCCGCCUCCGAGAUGCCCAUGUACACGCUGUACCCGCGUGAGGCGGGAAACUCCGGCACCAAACCUGGCGGUGGCAUGGGCGGGCUGCUCAACUCGGAGAGGGAGUUCCUCCAGAGCAGCACGCUCACUAAAGACAGCAAGGACCCCAACCGCAGGACCACGCCCGUCUGAGAGGUGCUGGCUGCAGAUAUAUCGCCCAAUCAGAGUAUCAAAGAGGAGGAGGAUGAGAAAUACAGGGGGAGUGCGAGCUAAAGCAGGGGACACACAGGGUUACGGGGGUGGGAGCUGGGUUUGAUAAACUUUGACUGUGAACUGUGAACUUUUAGCCUUUGAACUGUGAAUCCUGAGCCCUGUGAGAGUUUCAGUGUGUGUAGCAGGGUCGGUUUUGAUGGAGAAGUUGUUCCCAACUCCACUUUACCACAUAUCACUGUAGUUAUACCUGUAACUCCUUACAUUAUGAAGGCACAUUCAAUUUAUGUUCAUGAGUGUUAUGUUCAUAAAUUGGCUUUUUUCGAAGGGGGAAACGGUAUUGACCAAAAGCAUAUCGUAAGUGGUUUGCUGUUUGGGGCAACUUCUCCUUAAAAAAAAUGAAAAUAAUGUGAACUAAAGGAGAAGAGGAAA